GCUGGUGCGGCCGCGGCUGCGGCUCUGCCGGGGCGCCCGCGGUGCGGGGAGCGGGGACAGCCACGGGCCCUUCCUUGUGGCACYCCUCACUGUGGCACCCCGGGGGCUCCCUGGGCGUGCUGGCCGCCGUCACCCGGCCGGCGGAGGGACGGCGGUGGGUCCCCAGCGCGGCGGUGCCCGUCCGCCUCCGCCCGGUGCCUCCGCCCGUGGGCCCCGUCGGGCUUUGCACAGCCAAAAGUUAAAAUGUGUGAUGAUGGUGUCCCAGACCAUUGGCGUAUUGGGGAGAAAUGCCUUGCCCCUUGUCUUGAAAAUGGAAAACUUUAUGAAGGAACAAUAACUUCUCUUGAAAAGGACAAGAAUGGAAAAUCAUUUGCUGUUGUAUCAUUCUUGGAGUCUGAAGAAAGGAAAAUAGCAGUAACAAAACUUCRUAAAGUCAAAGACAAUAGAGGACCCUGGAAAAGCUUAAUAUUUGAUGAGGGUGAUCUGGAAAAGCCAUGUUUUCCUGACCAAAGUCUUCCAUCUCCUGCGGUUGCUUUUAAAUUAUCUGACAAUGGUGAUUUUAUCCCAUAUACAAUCAACAGAUACCUACGUGAUUAUCAAAGGGAAGGAGCCCAGUUUCUGUAUAGACAUUAUGCUAAUAAAAGGGGGUGUAUUCUUGGAGAUGAUAUGGGCCUUGGAAAGACAAUACAGGUCAUUUCAUUUUUGGCUGCAGUGUUGCACAAGAAGGGGACACGUGAGGAUAUUGAAAAUAAUAUGCCAGAGUUUUUACUGAGGACGAUGAAAAGGGGCUCAGAUUGUAACCCCAAGAAGACUUUCCUCAUCGUGGCCCCUCUUUCAGUGCUGUACAACUGGAAGGAUGAGUUAGACACAUGGGGAUACUUUAAGGUCUGUAUCUUACAUGGCAGUAAAAAGGACGAUUCCAUGAGUCGCAUCAAGCAAGGGAAAUUUGAAGUUGCUCUUACAACAUAUGAGACACUUCGCUUGUAUUUGAAUGAAUUUAACAGUAUAGAGUGGUCUGCUGUGAUAGUGGACGAAGCACAUAGAAUCAAGAAUCCAAAGGCUCAAGUAACUCAAACCAUGAAGUCAUUGAAAUGCMGUGUUCGCAUAGGUCUUACUGGAACCAUUCUUCAAAACAAUAUGAAGGAGCUUUGGUGUGUUAUGGACUGGGCCAUACCAGGACUUUUAGGUAGCAGAGUACAUUUCAAGAAGAAAUUUUCUGAUCCAGUGGAGCAUGGCCAGAGGCACACUGCAACUAAAAGAGAGCUAGCAACAGGUCGUAAGGCCAUGGUGAAGCUAGCAAGAAAAAUGUCUGGCUGGUUUCUGAGACGUACCAAGGCGCUUAUCAGUGAUCAGUUGCCAAAAAAGGAAGACAGAAUGGUGUUUUGUUCCCUAACUGAAUUCCAGAAAGCGGUGUACCAGGCGGUGCUAGAGACAGACGAUGUAACCUUGGUGUUAAGAGCAGGAGAGCCCUGUAGCUGCAACAGUGGCCGGAAAAGGAAGAACUGUUGUUACAAAGUAAAUGCACAUGGUGAAACGAUAAAGUCACUGCGCUUCAGCUAUCUAAUGAUCCUACAGAAGGUUGCAAAUCAUGCUGGACUGCUGCAGACGGACAACACUAGCAAGCUGCAGGAAGCUCACAUCAAACGAGUUUGCAGCCAGGUAUUUUCCAGUUUUCCAGAUUUUGUGCAGUUAAGCAAAGAUGCAGCCUUUGAAACAAUUUCAGAUCCAAAAUACAGCGGAAAAAUGAAGGUCCUUCAGCAGCUUUUAAAUCACUUCCGAAAAAAUAAAGAUAAAGUUCUUCUUUUCUCCUUUUCCACAAAGUUGCUAGAUGUGCUGGAACAGUACUGUAUGGCAUCUGGGCUAGAUUACCGAAGACUUGAUGGAAAUACAAAAUCAGAAGAUAGGAUCAGAAUUGUGAGAGAGUUCAACAGCAUUCAAGAAAUUAACAUUUGUCUUGUAUCUACAAUGGCUGGUGGACUGGGUCUUAAUUUUGUUGGUGCCAAUGUUGUUAUACUGUUUGAUCCUACAUGGAAUCCAGCAAAUGAUCUUCAAGCGAUUGACAGAAUACUUGGAGCAAAAGUAGGUGGAGAUACAGAGAAAAAAGACGGAAACCUGAGAUAAACAGAGUGGAAGAUUUGUUUCCUGAAGAGAUGAAAGGCAGUUCUUGUGAUAGAAAAUGAGGAGAAAGCUCUUUAAACUGGGUAAGCCUGGGGAGAAACAUGGAAUACUAAGGGUAAAGGAAAAGGAAAUGAGUUACUGAGGAAAGUUUGGAAAAGGAAAACAACCCAAUCAACAUAUGCAUGAUCUAGAAUUGUCCUGUUUUAUUAGAAUGCUUUUAUAUUUUCAUUAUUUUGUUAAUWGUUUUUUACUACCUGUAAGAGCUCUAAUGUACCACU